AUGUUCCCAAACCUACAGAGCGUGUCCGAAGAGGACGAACAUAAGGAUAACCCGGCACCUUCCGGCCGGCGGCGGUCGUCUGUGGUUCCACCUAGCCUGCAGUUCCUCGUCGAUCAGGACUCUCAGCAAGCUAGUAAUGAGCCCGCUGAGUGGGAAAAGUCAUGGGAUCAAACGUAUGUUUCAUGUCUCGCUGAGUGGUCAGCCAAUAGGUCUUCUAACUCCACAAGGACUGAAAACCCGGAGCUUUGUGACUUCUUGGAUCGAGUCUCCUCUCGAGAUCCAACUGAUCCAGACCGACAAGGUGGGGACAGAGUGAGAAGGGGUUCUUGA